AGGGGACCGGAAGUUGUUUUUCCGCCCCCAGCCCAGGGUCCGGACCGGGUCUCCGCGGGUUCGGUGUGGUUCCCGCUGCCGUCAGAGUCUCCCGCGGGGCCGGGAAGCGUGGCAGCCCGGGCUGGGCUCUCUCCGGGGCCCGCCGGCGGAGGCCGCGGGAAUUCCUCCGUCUCCUAGCGACGGGGGGCGGGCUGCGGCCGGGGGAGCGGCGGGGCGGCCCCAAGCGCUCAGGCGCGAGCCGGAACCCUCGAGCCGGAGCCGAAAACCGGAGCUUAAGAAUAAGCAGGAAAUGGCGGACGAGGCGUUGUUUUUGCUUCUCCAUAACGAGAUGGUGUCAGGCGUGUACAAGUCCGCGGAGCAGGGGGAGGUGGAAAAUGGACGCUGUAUUACUAAGCUGGAAAACAUGGGGUUUCGAGUGGGACAAGGAUUGAUAGAAAGGAAAAAUACUGUAUUACUUCUAGUUGAUCUUUUUAGGUUUACAAAAGAUACCGCGAGGUUCAAGGAUGAGUUAGAUAUUAUGAAGUUCAUUUGUAAAGAUUUCUGGACUACAGUAUUCAAGAAACAAAUCGACAAUCUCAGGACAAAUCAUCAGGGCAUCUAUGUACUUCAGGACAACAAAUUCCGUCUGCUUACUCAGAUGUCUGCAGGAAAACAGUACUUAGAACAUGCAUCUAAGUAUUUAGCAUUUACAUGUGGCUUAAUCAGAGGUGGCUUAUCAAACUUGGGGAUUAAAAGUAUUGUAACAGCUGAGGUAUCUUCAAUGCCUGCCUGUAAAUUUCAGGUGAUGAUACAGAAGUCAUAGAACAUACUGAAAUGCAAUGCUUCAACAGUGUAAAGAGUUAAAUUAUUCAUGCAUAAAGUACUUCAAGUAGCAAUGAUUUUAAUUAAAAUUGUUGGACAUUUGUGUUGAUAUAAGCUAUUGGCUAACUUAUAUAAUGAAAGAUGUACUCUUAAGCAGGACUAAGGUUGUAUUUUAUCAGUUUAAUAUAGGUCAAGUUAAAGCAGAUAAAGAGACAUUCUACCAUAACAUAUACUUUAUUGAAACUAUUCAGAAUGAAAAAAUCCUAAUUUCAAAUAAAUAAACACCAAGAUGUAGGAUCCUUAUUUUAACAUUCCUACUUGCUUAGGGAAUGUAUGUUUAACCCCAGAUGGAAAAAAAAAAACUCAGGGUUUGAUAAAUUAGCAUAAAAAAAAGCCAGAAUGAUUUGUGUAAGAAUGAACAAAUUUUGAUUGCUUUAUGAAUUUUAGUUAUUAAAAAAAGCAAACAGCACACUAAAUAAGACUUUAUUUUAUUGCUUAUAAUUUAUUUCUAUUAAGGAUUUUAUGCCUGUAUAAAUAUUUCAUUAUAUACUAGAGGCCCGUAUAAGGAUUUCAUUAUAUACUAGAGGCCGGAUGCACGAAAAUUCGUGUAAGAGUAGGCCUUCCUUCUCCCGGCUGCUGGCACCGGCUUCCUUCCGGCACCUGAGACCCAGGCUGCUUACCUUCUCCGGCCACCGGCAGGUACCCAGGACCUGGCCUGCUUCCUUCCAGCCACCCGCAGGCACCCGGGACUGGGGCUGGCUUCCCUCUGGUCCUGGCUUCGUCAAGAAGGAUGUCCAGAAUGACAACCGGUCUAAUUAGCAUAUUACCCUUUUAUUAUUAUAGUGUAGAUGUGUGUGAGAUAUGUCAUAUUAGGCUGUCUAAAUUUACUCAAAAACAUUUUACUUUAAUAGAAUUCAGUCCUGGAGAGAUCCAUUAAUGUAAUAAAAAUGAA